AUGAACACUUUGAGAAGUAUCCGAAGUGCUAGUCAAACAAGGUCAAACAGAUCAGGAAGCAGAUCCUUUUUGGGCUCGGGCCGAAGCUCUACUUCGACUUCGCGAUCAGGCUCAAGGUCACGUCCGGCAUCGAAUAUGGGGUCUCUUAAUGCACGAGAAUCCGUGGACAAUUAUUCCUUUACAGGCUUGCAAGCUCCAGAGAAGAAUAUGGCAUUUGAUGGCCCAAAAGAACACAAUAUAGAGAAAGAAUUGGAAAAGACAUUUUGGAGAAAAUUCCGUGAAAACGUGGUAGACAACGAUAAUGCAUGGAUAAAGCUGUUUCUCUUUGCUUCUUCCAUAUCUGCCAUUGUAAUUCUUGCACUUGAGUGCACUAUAUGUGCAUUGUUUUUCAGCAGUUUCAGGCUGAUAGAGUCAAAUAAUGACGACUUCAACCCAAUCUUAGCCAUUUACGGGUAUUAUAGAUCCUAUCUCAAACAAAAGAGAUAUGCUAUGGGUGCAUACUUAGCACUUUAUAUCUAUGCAGAACUUUAUCAGAUUUUGACCACCUUCAUUAUUCUCUAUACUAGGAACGUAUACCACUUGGCAUCUUCCAUUUUAUUUCUAGCGGCAAUGGCAAUUUAUGCAGGCAUUCAGUAUAACGAGAUCAAUACGACAAUCACUAGUUUUGCAACAUAUAGUCAACUGUUUACAUCAACAUUUGAUGCCUUUGGGUCUGGGACGGCUGCUGCAAAAGUUCACAUCAAAAACCUAUCAAUUGCGGUGAUCAUCCUCGCCUGCUCGGUAUGUGUAAUUCAAUUAGCUAUUGGGUUAAAAUUGAAAGACAAGUUUCAAAAAUUUACGGGAGAAGCGAUUGGCAACAGUCGCAAAAUGAUCUAUGCCAAUACAGUGUUCAAUUUACACCGGGAUGCCUUGUUGUUGGCUUUAUUUUUUGCACCGGGAUACUUUCUUCAAGCCGUGAUUAUAGCACCGAACAAAUCAGAUGCAGAAUUCCGUUUGACACUGGCUGCUCUAGUCCUUUCAGUGUUUGUUAUUUUUGGCGCUGAUUACUCCACGUCAAGGGAAAAGAAGAUAACCUCCGCGUUUUUUUCAUUGUGCUGUACCGUUGGGUUGGGAUUUAUAAUAUUCAAAAUUGUGAGAUUGUAUCUUCGAUAUCAUUCAGCAAGCCAAGGCAUACCUGGAAGGCAAUCAGUUGUUGCUUUUGGAGUUAUAACUACCGCAAUUUUGCUUUGUUUGAUGGUGUUAUUGUUACAAGUGAUAAGAAAUUUUGGAUUAGGACUAUUUGAAAUCUACGCAGGAAACUAUAACUGGUUGAGACCUGCGCAUGGAGGAAGCAGAACAAACAAUGAAACAGGUUAUUCCAAGGCAACUCUUACUGGAGAAAAUCAAAUAAAUGAAGCUCCAAAUGAUAUAGAUAUGUCUGGCGAGCUUUCUCCAUACUUGAGAUUGUCGACAAUGCCAAAGAGGGAAGAGUUGGAGUUCUGA